AUGGUACUGGUUUAUGUUGAUGACUUACUGAUAACUGGAAAUAAUCCGCAACUAUUGUGUGAUACCAGAAAAGACUUGCAGAGAAAGUUUAAAAUCAAAGAUGUGGGGGAACUUAAGUUCUUUCUAGGAAUUGAAUAUGCAGCAAAGGCAUUCACCAAUAAAGAUCAGAUCAUUCAAGAUCCUAGUAGUUAUCAAAGGUUGAUGGGAAGACUGUUAUAUCUCACUAUGAAUAGGCCUAACUUAUCAUUUACAGUUCAAGUCCUAGGUCAAUAUAUGCACUGUUCUAAAAUCUCUCACACGGAAGCUGCACUAAGAGUAGUUAGAUAUGUCAAGGAAGCACCAGGAUUGGGACUGCUAAUGCCAGCAGAAAAUACAACUAAACUUUUAGCCUAUUGUGACUCAGACUGGGGUGCCUGCUUAGAAACCAAAAGAUCUGUUACAGGCUACUUGGUCAAGUUUGGAAGAGCAUUAGUAUCUUAG